AUGCCAAGAAAUUUCCAAUAUAAAGAACAUUUAUCACAGGAAAGGCCAGGGGGCGAGUCUCCAAAUCAUAACAUUCAUGUGUCCGAAGAGCCUGAUGAAAUUGAACCCACUAAAAGUCAAUGUAUAGAGCAAGGGUUAACAAAAGAAUUGCGAAGUAGUAGAGUCAUUAUCUCACCGGUUUCCAUUGAGAUUACAGAGCAUCAAUCAUCCCAAAUUACAACAAAAAGCUUAAUCUAUCUAUUCCAAAAUGCAAUACGAGCUAGACAUGAAGAAAUCUUAUCCUGGUACUAUUACUCUGAUAGUUUUGAAAAUAAAAUUAUCGAAAUUUGCCGUGAGACAGGAGUUACAGAUAAAACUGCUAGAACACAACUAUAUAAGGAAAUGUUAAACCAUCUACCUGGUAUUACAUCGGGAAACUUGCGUAUGAAAACCUUAAGAGCCAAAAAAAUUCGAAUGUUAUUUGGGAAAGAUGGAGUUGGAAUAGAAAAAAUCAAACAAGUCUCCUACAGUAUAUAUGCCAUUUCUAGUCUUACUAAUAGCCAAAUUCAAAAUGUUAUCAAAAAUAUAACUUCAUGUUAA